AUGGCAGCCAUCCUCUUUAAUGUCCGACAGCAGCGUCAGAGGAACAUCCGAUACAACCGGCUCCAUCCAUCCUCAGUGUUUGAGCAGAACGAUCGCAUCUUCUACUCGAAAUACAGGUUUCGUUUAGAGGAUGUCAAAAAGAUCGUAAGGAUGCUCGCACCGCUGCUGCCGGACAGUGGUUUGGAGCCGUGGGAAAUUAGUAAGGAGGACCAGGUCCUCAUCACACUGCGCUAUCUGGCCACCAACAGUCAUCAAACUGUUAUAGGUGACUGUUUCGGGGUGUGCCAGAAGGCAGUGAGCGACGUUGUCGCUAGAGUUGUGGAUGCGCUCAACCAUCCAACAAUAGAGGCCCGCUUCCUCCGCUUCUGCCCUUCGGACGAGGCCUGGUGCUUGCGGAGAUCUCGAGAAAUCGCCAGAAUCUCGAGAUUCACAAAUGUCAUUGGAUGUGUCGAUGGAUGCCUCAUCCGAAUCCAGCGGCCCAUCCACUUUGGCAACCACUAUUACUGCCGAAAGGCAUGUUGCGCAAUCAAUAUGAUUGCGAUAGUGGAUGCCAGGGCCCGCUUCAUGUACAUCAACUGCGGGUUCGCGGGGAGGCACCACGACUCGUUCAUAUGGCAGCAUUCGCAGGCUGCCGCCGAGUUCGAGGAAGCCCGCGCUCGCCCAGGGUAUCGACUCCUGGGAGACGCGGGCUUCGCCAACUCCAGGAGCGUGAUGGCUCCCUAUCGGGAGCGGGCCACACAGAAUGACGCCAGGAAGAGACGAUUCAAUCGGGAGCACGCCAAAGCUCGACGAGUCGUCGAGCAGGCAUUCGGAGCGCUGAAGCGGCGUUUCGCCAUCCUCCAUAACAUCACCCGCAUUCAGCCUCCGAAGCUCCAAAAGGUCGUCAAGGCCUGCGUCAUUCUCUACAACAUCGGAAUCCACCUCGGCACCCACAAAGGGCAGUCGUUAUCGCCGAUCCCACAAGGUUUCAUGACCCAUCCGCCCGAUAACGAAGAGAACGAGAUGAAUUUUGAUGUGGACUUCAAUACAGACUUGCAUAUUGCUGUUGCGAUAGUCCGGCAUUACCCAUCGGUUCGAGAUAUCGUAGCAUCCGCGGAGAUAUAUGCAGCAUGUGUGGCUAAAGGAUUGGGCAGAUCGACAGCUACCUACAAGGCCAUAUCAUCCGUGUUUUUGGAUGCUUUGGAGGUCUACCUGUAA